AUGACGACCAAAGCGGCCGUCGUUAGCGAGGGUGUCAAGCGGAGGCUCCCCCGGGCCGGAUGGCAGGACGGGCGGGUCGUUUCCCAAAUCACCCACCCCAGCAGGUUGGUGGGGCAGAGCUCGGGAGGAGAAGUCCAGAAGCAUCAGCUGGACACCAGGGUCAGGAAUGAGCCUGGAAGAGGAGGAGGAGGAGGCCCCGGGCUGCACCUGGCACGGGUGAGCUUCGUGGUGCGCGCCUUUGGCUCGGCCUUCACCCUCGACCUCCGGCUGAACCACCUGGGGGUGCAGGCUCUGGGGGUGCUGGUACGCCGAGCCCAGCACACAGUUCACAGCGAGACCAAGUACAUCGAGCUGGCGGUGGUGAACGACCACCAGCUGUUCCUGCAGCUCCGGAAGUCCGUGGUUCUCACCAGCAACUUCGCCAAGUCCGUGGUCAACCUGGCCGACAUGAUCUACAAGGAGCAGCUCAACACCCGCAUCGUGCUGGUGGCCAUGGAGACAUGGGCCUCGGAGGACCGGAUCCGGAUGGGGGAAGACUCCCUGGAGACCCUGAAUGAGUUUGUGAAGUACCGGCGCGAGGGGCUGGCGGAGCAGAGCGACACCGUCCACCUCUUCUCGGUAAUGGCGCUGGUGUUGAACCCCGUGUCCCCAUAUGAGCCGCGUGGCGUGUCCUGCCGGGAGGCUGUGAACGAGUGCGACAUCCCCGAGAGCUGCACCGGGGACUCCAGCCAGUGUCCCCCCAACCUCCACAAGCUGGAUGGUUACUUCUGUGAAAACGAGCAGGGACGAUGCUAUGGCGGGCGCUGCAAAACCAGAGACCGGCAGUGCAACGCGCUGUGGGGCCGCGGCUCGGCCGAGCGCUUCUGCUAUGAGAAGCUCAAUGUGGAGGGGACCGAGAGGGGCAACUGCGGGCGCGAGGGCCUGGGCUGGCUGCAGUGCAACAAGCAGGACGUCCUCUGUGGCUUCCUCCUCUGCGCCAACAUCUCGGGCGCGCCCCGGCUGGGUGAGCUCAGCGGCGAGAUUGCCGCCACCACCUUCUUCCACCAAAACCGCUACGUGGACUGCAGGGGAGGCCAUGUGCAGCUGGUGGAUGGCUCGGACCUGAGCUAUGUGGAGGACGGGACGCCCUGCGGCCCUGGCAUGCUGUGUCUCGACCACAAAUGCCUUCCAGCCACGGCCUUUAACUUCAGCUCCUGCCCCGGCAGCUGGGACGGGAAGAUCUGCUUUGACCACGGGGUUUGCAGCAACGAGGGCAAGUGCAUCUGCCGGACCGAGUGGACAGGGAAGGACUGCAGCGUCUAUGACCCCAUCCCCGAGCCCAAGCCGACGGGGGAGACGGAGCGAUACAAGGGUCCCAGUGGCACCAAUAUCAUUAUCGGCUCCAUUGCGGGGGCCGUGCUGGUGGCUGCCAUCGUCCUAGGGGGGACAGGCUGGGGAUUUAAGUAA